AGCUAAGCAUGCAGUAAAAAAUGGUACAGUAGUGGCUUUCGAACUAUGCACAGGUCAUAUAUAGUUAAGGUUGCUGCAUGCCACACAUGCUUGUGCAGGAGACGGGCUUCCUUUAUCGCUAUCAGGCAUCAUGGUCAGAUUCUAGUAUGGCCUGAGGUCGAAAUCUCUCGGCCCGACUCCAGCCGGCCCACUCCGAUUCGUCAUAGACGGUCACCGUUCCAUCAUCGCUUAGUUUAUUUUUUUUUCUCUGUCAGUUUCUGCAAGAGGCGCAUCUAAUACUGACAACGCCUGUGGGAGAUAUUCGGCCCUUUCCUUCGGCUCACCUUGAUCACAAUAUGUCUUGACUGAUUUAUACGAACAGUUACGUCAUACCUCACAUUCCAACAUGGAGACACUAGACCCCGCGAUUCAUCGCGAGCUCUCCCGGCUUGACCCCGCAGUGCCUUUCCGCGCAUCAGCCGAACAUAUCCAUCAUACAUGGGCUAGGACGUUCUUCUCGCGGCCGGAACUGUAUAUACAACCGCAAUCGAUUGAGGAGAUUCAGAAACUAGUGACUCUAGCUCGUCGGUGUCGUCGUCGCUUGGUUACAGUUGGUAGUGGACAUUCGCCUUCCGAUUUGACAUGUACUUCAUCGUGGCUGGUUAACCUAGAUAAAUUUAACCAGGUGCUGGAUAUCUCGUCUGAGACUGGUGAUGUGACGGUUGAGGCGGGCAUUCGGCUAAAGGACUUGGGGAAACGUCUGGAAAAACAUGGUUUGACUUUGUCCAAUCUGGGGAGCAUUGAUGAGCAGUCCAUCGCGGGUGUGAUCUCGACAGGCACACAUGGAAGUUCCCUGAGGCAUGGACUGAUUUCUGAAUGUAUCACAUCGCUCAAGUUGGUGCUGGCGAACGGGCAAUUGGUGCGCUGCAGCGCAGCCAAUAACCCAUCACUUUUCCGUGCUGCUCUUAUUUCUCUUGGGGCGUUGGGUAUCAUUGUCGAGGUCACUUUCAAGGCGGAGGCAUCCUUCAAGGUCGCGUGGCGACAGACUAGACGUUCACUAUCAAGUGUCCUAGCUGAGUGGUCAACCGGCCUGUGGACCUCUCAUGAGUUCGUUCGCGUCUGGUGGAUGCCAUAUGAGAAGUCUGCUAUUGUUUGGCAUGCGGACAAAACGGAUCUAUCCCUUCGCGCACCACCAGCGACGUUCUAUGGAGAGACGAUCGGAUAUCACAUUUAUCAUAAUUUAUUGGCGCUUGCCAAUUAUUUCCCCCGUAUUCUCCCAUGGGUUGAGUGGUUCGUCUUUGGUCUGCAAUAUGGGUUUAGAUCGGAGGUAAAAGUUACGGAAGCAGUUGAACCCGCUCGCGCUGGUCUCUUGAUGAACUGCCUUUACUCGCAAUUCGUUAAUGAGUGGGCGCUACCCCUGGAGAAAGGUCCAGAGGCUAUCAUACGCUUGUCGGCUUGGUUAAAUGGAGACACCGAGACGGCGCGUAUUCCCUUCCCUGUUGAAGGAUUAUGGGUACAUUGCCCCAUUGAGGUCAGGGUUGCGGAUUCGACACAUAACAGGAAUCUUCGCCCAUUCCUUGACCCUAGUCAUCACGACGGCCCAACAUUGUAUCUCAAUGCGACUCUAUAUCGACCUUAUCUCCGGGACCCCCCUUGUAAGGACAGGUACUACGAGGCGUUCGAGUGGCUAAUGCGUGAAAUGGGUGCGAAACCACACUGGGCCAAAAACUUCAAAGUCACAGGACGCCAUGAGCUGCAGGAGCUGUAUGGGAAGGACAUGGAUGAAUGGUUAAAAGUGCGUCAAGAGGUUGAUCCCGAUGGCAUGUUUCUGGGAGAAUGGCACCGUCGCAACCUUGCCUUACAUGGUGGCGAGAAUGAUGAAACAAUUUCCACCGAGUCGAGGGUUCUCCCGCUCCUAGAACGCGAAAAGCUCCGUCGGAAGGCAAACUUCCGCGGGGCUGGCGACGGCAUGGAGUGGAUUGGAGAUAAGCAGCCGCGGGGGGAUUCAGGGGACCAUGUUAAACCCUUGUUGAUGCAAGAGAAAAAGUAUGAAGGUUCGUCAGAGGGGAUGAGCCCAACGACAGUAACUAGCGAGGAGAGUUUCGAUCUUCUAGCGACUGGCGAAGCCAGCACUCUCCUCCUAGAUGAACGCUCAUGAUGAGUGAAACAUGAAUAGACGAAUUCGGAGUAGCAAACAGAGAAAAAUAAAAUAGAUCAAAAGGGUAAAGACAAAGUUCAUCCAUAUUCCUUCCUCCUUCUCUUUGCUCCCAAGAAUCUUUGCGUUGACUGGGCGAUAUUGCCUGCCAAUCAUUCGUAUUGUUCCCCUCCGCCUACCUUAAGGUUAUUUUUUUUUUUUUAAUGUCC